GUAAUCUUGCUGCUUUUCAAUAUAUAAAUGUGUAUACAUGUGUAUGUAUAUGAAUAUAUAUAUAUAUAUAUAUAUAUUUUACAAAAAUAGUCAAGACAAUAUUCUUAAUAAACAAGAAAAUGAGGCAAUGGAUUGGAAGGAAGAUGUUGAUUCUUACCAUCUAGGAAAUUUAACGAAUAUAAUGUGGUACAGGGAAGCUCAAAUUUCUGAACUAGAUGCUCAUGAUCUAGCCCUUGAGCAAAAAAAAGAAAAAAAAAAGAUGAAGACAGCUGGAGUUUAUAAAAGAGAGGUUAAUCUCUCCCAAAAACUCUAGCUUCUAAAGGUACAGAGUAGUGGGGUCAUUACCUAAACUUUAUUUCGAAAACGCUAGAUUAUAUGGAUAAAGUACUUGAAAUGAAAGAAUUUUAUCCUUGUUAUGGAUAAUGCGCCAAUUUAUACCUCUAAAGAAGUUGAGAAUAUAAUUAUAGCUCAAGGUUAUAGAUGUGUUUAUCUCCUCUCUCUCUCUCUCUCCCUCCUCCUCCCUCCUUACUUUCUCGAGCUCAAUCUUAUAGAGCAAUUUUGAGCAAAUGUCAAAGACAAAGUAAGACGUAAUUAUUUUAAUAAAAAGGAGGAUUUAAGGAACAAAAAUAGUUGAAGCCUAUAAUAAUAUCCUGUCAAGUCAUAUUAGAGACUUUAUUUAGCAUUCUAUUGAUAUGUUUGGAAAAUGCUCAAGCGAUGAAUCUGUAUAAUACUUAUAAGCUUAUUCCUCUAAAUCAAUAAAAAUUGUCAUUUGGCACUAUGAGCACUAUGCG